AUGGAGAUGGAACAAGAGGUGAACUUAGAAGAAGAAACACAAGAUUCAGAUGAUGAUUUUCUAGAUUCAGAGGAAGUUAGUCGUACUACAGCCGUGCAACAUGAUGAAACUUCACCUAGUGUUCAUUCCAAUAAGAGGAAAAAUCAAAGCAACGAGGGGUUUAACAAGGCGGUUGGCUUAAUUACAGAAAGUCUUCAAGAAAUAUCAAAGGACUUGAGUGAAGGUAUUAAAUUUGACAUGAAGAUUAACGAGCUAAGGGAGAAGAUCCCUCCAAAGAUUUUAAAGAUGAAUUCAAUAAGUCAACUUGAAAAGUUCAAAGUUUUGACCAAGAUAAGAAGUGACCCCAUUAAUGUUCAAAUUUUUUGGGAAAUUGAAGAAGGUGAUAGAGAAGCUUGGGUAAAAUACACUUUGGAAGGGUAG